CCAAGGGACUUGUCCAGGGCCCAACUUCUGCCCAAGGUCAAAGGCCAGUGCCCUUCAGGCCUUCAGAACAGGCCUGAGAGGACUGCGACACCAGGUGGGUCCCAGGGAAGCAUCUCCACUUCAGAGAGGGGCCCAGUCAAGUCACACGGAGCGGUAGCUGCACAGUUUGCGCCCUCAUCCUUGGUUUUCAUGAAUCUUCCCCACCUCCUAUUACAGAUCAAGGGUCUUGUGCAUGUGCAAGGGCUGUGCAGAGGCGAGGGCUGCGUGGGGAGCGAAUACAAUUCUCCAUGAGAUGCCUUGUGGAGAAAGGACUCACUCAGAAGGGGAGGUUUCACCCCAGCUUGAAGGAGGCCCAAGACAGUAUAUCCAGAAGGAGGAAGCAGCAUUAGGGCCUGGAGGCUGAGAGCCCUUUUCAGUGGAGCAGGAAGCAGGACAUGAGGUCAGAGGAGAAGGGCGGUACAGUGAGGACUCAGCAUAGAAGAGACUCGGCCUCUUCCUUUUUAAUUAUUAAAGAAAGGAAAUGUGCUUGUUGCAGUUUAGAGACAGUUUAGAAAUCUAAAUCUAAGGCCUGGCAUCUGCUAAGGGCCUUCUUGCCCCAUCGUCCCGAGGUGGAAAGGCAGGAGAGCAGGAUUUUGAUGUAGUGUAUCGGGGGCCACUGUACGGUCAGAAGCCCCAUUGUUUUCCCCUGGGCAAGAGGAGGCUGCGACUCUGAUUCAUGGCUGUAAACAACUCUGGAGAGAGUAGACAAACAGGCUCAGUGCCUGGUGAGUCAUUUCUGGGGCCAGGGCCUCUCUUUCUCGGGUUAUUCUCAUCCUGACUAGGCUUAGGUGGCUGCUGCAGGCCACUGUAGCCUGGGACUGCCACCUCGUGGUCGUUCUGACUUCACAUAGCCACAGCUUGUCAGGGUGGGUGGGAAUGAAUGGGAAUUUGCUAUGAACCGGCUGGACAAGCAGGCCUUCAUCCUUGCACACCAAGGCAGCUGUGGAGAGGCUCACUAAACUAGGACUCGGUUGCCACCCUCUGUGACCCAACAUGGCUGUCACUGUCUAGGCACAGAACUCAGCCUAGCUGCGGCUGUCAACCUGCCCCUAGAGAUUCCCUACUUCUCAGGCCUCUUCCAGUCUCAGGCUCACAGACGUUGGCUCACUCUCGCUAAUGGUUGCCUGAGGUCUGGGCACUGGGCCACCAGUCACCCUCCAGCCAGGGUUAAACAUUAGUGGGAGGUUAUCGAGUUUGGAAAGGGGGUGGGGAAUCGCACUUGCAACAGUCUCCCGCGGGCCUGCUUGGAGUACCAGUUUCCACCGGAGCCCAUAAAAUGCCUGUGGAAGAGUUUGUGGCUGGCUGGAUCUCUGCAGAGACUUGCUUCCUAGACUUUGGCACACAGGCCUCACUUACACCACCUUCUUGCCACCGCAGGAGCCGUGGGCCUGGUCCUGGGGCACCCGUUUGACACUGUAAAGGUGCGGUUACAGACCCAAAACACGUACCAGGGCAUUGUGGACUGCGUGGUCAAGACUUACCGCCAUGAGUCAGUAGGUCCUGGGCUUCUUCAAGGGAAUGAGCUUCCCCAUUGCCAGUGUAGCCCUGGUCAACUCUGUCCUGUUCGGAGUAUACAGCAACACGUUGCUGGCACUUACAGCCACCUCCCAUCAGGAGCGACGGGCUCAGCCACCCAGCUACACAAACAUCUUCAUAGCAGGUUGUACUGGGGGUCUCCUGCAGGCCUACUGCCUGGCUCCUUUUGACCUCAUCAAAGUCCGUCUACAAAACCAAACAGAGCCAAGGAUGCAGAUAGGGAGCUCUACACCCCGGUACCGGGGACCUGUGCACUGUGCAGCCUCCAUCUUGAAAGAAGAAGGACCUCAGGGACUGUUCAGAGGAUCCUGGGCCCUGGUGUUGAGAGACACUCCUACGUUGGGAAUGUACUUUGUCACCUAUGAAGGGCUAUGUCGCCAGUACACACCAGAAGGCCAGAAUCCCAGUUCAGCCACAGUUCUGGUGGCAGGGGGCUUUGCAGGCAUAGCCUCCUGGAUCACAGCCACCCCUUUUGACGUGAUCAAGUCCCGGAUGCAGAUGGAUGGGCUGAAGGGGAGAAAGUAUGGAGGGAUGCUGGACUGUAUGGCAAGCAGCUUCCGGCAGGAGGGGAUAGGAGUCUUUUUCAAGGGCAUGACACUCAAUAGUGCCCGUGCCUUUCCUGUCAAUGCUGCCACCUUCCUCAGCUAUGAAUACCUACUGCGCUUGUGGAGAUGAGCCUGGCCCAGUGACACUGGCAGCUCUACAGCAGAAUUAUGGCUGACAGCAGCUUGGAAAACCAAGCUAAAGCACCCAGCUUUUAGGUGCAAAAGCAAGAGGUGCCUUGUUAAGGAGCCAAUGUGCAAGAAACCAAAGAACCUGGCCCUGUACAGACUCUAAGACACACACACCCUCCAGCCCACCUCACCAGGCCACUUCCGUCCAGGAAGCAGGGGCACAAAGUACAUGAAAAUCAUCCAAGCCACCAUGCCAUAACUGUCCCUGUGAAGGAGCUCUCAGAGAGCAGCCACUGUCCUGGCUUUACCUAGCCCUGGAGUUCAAAACACUCCCUGGAUAGGAGAAUGGUUUUUGUCUUCUUUAUGUCCAGAAACCUUCAGGGAAACCCAGGUCCAGGCUCCUGGCUGUCCUGCCUGACUGGGUGGCCUUCUCUUGGUUACUUCCUGGUGUGGUCCCUCAUGUCCCAGGAGUGCGGUGGGUGGUGUUAUUGUCCUCCAGUGGCCCACUCUCCUCAAGAUCCAGGCAGAGCUCUUUAUCUGGGGGUCCUUCCAGCCCCAUCUGUGCUGACUGUGGGGUACCCAAGCACCCCAGCCCUCCUGCCUACCUCAGUCAAACCUCUGUGUACAGUACUUCGUGGUUAGUUUUUUGCUCCUCUGAGUUGUUAGUCUGUGAGAGUCUUAUGGUCAAGGUCAUACUUCUGUCUCUUGAACAGAUACAUGCAAUAAAGUUUCAUUUGAUGCAGUA